GUGAAGCGAAGUGUUUGUCGGAGCCACGUCUCCGUGUUUCUGUCGUAAUAAAUAUUAAAUCUUACACUUUGCUCGUCUUCUCAACAGCUGAGCCACAACCGGGUGUCGAUAUGGCUGCUGCCAGCAACCUGCCGUCUGAAGACCAGUUCCUGUGCUCCGUCUGUCUGGAUGUGUUCACGGAUCCAGUCACAACACCAUGUGGACACAACUUCUGCAAGAAGUGCCUCAAUGAUUACUGGAAUACCAACAACCAGAACAUGUGUCCACUGUGUAAAAAGGUUUUCACCUCAAGACCUGAGCUGCUCGUCAACACUUUGUUCUCUGAGAUGGUUUCUCAGUUCAGACAGUCGACUCAGCAGAAAGCCAGCAGCAGCAGCUCAGAGCAACAAGAGUCCAGACCAGGAGAAGUUCCCUGUGACGUCUGCACUGGAACCAAACUGAAGGCCCUGAAGUCCUGCCUGGUGUGUCUGGAGUCCUACUGUGAGACUCACCUGGAGCCUCACCUGUCAAGACCAGGCCUGAAGAGACAUCAGCUGAUGGACCCUGUGGAGAACCUGGAAGACAGGAUGUGUCUGAAGCACGAUAAACCUCUGGAGCUGUUCUGUAGGACCGACCAGACGUGUGUCUGCAUGCUCUGCACUGUGUUGGACCACAAGAUGCACGAGUUUGUUCCUCUGAAACAAGAAUGUGAAGGAAAGAAGGUGGAGCUGCAGAAGACAGAGGCUGAAACUCAGGAGAUGAUCCAGAAGAGACGCCUGAAGAUUCAGGAGGUCCAACACAACGUGAAGCUCAGUGAGGAAGAUGCAGACCGAGAGAAAGCAGAAGGUGUUCAGGUCUUCACUGGUCUGAAGGAGUCUGUGGAGAGGAAACUGAAGGAGCUCAUCACUACGAUAGAAGAGAAGCAGAGAAGCACCAAGAAACAGGCUGAAGACGCCAUCAGAGAGAUGGAACAGGAGAUCUCUGAUCUGAUGAAGAGGAGCACUGAGGUGGAGAAGCUCUCCCUCUCUGAAGACCACCUCCACCUCCUCCAGAGUGUCCAGUCCCUCAACAUCCACCAUCCACCACCCACCAAGGACUGGUCUCAGGUCAGUGUUCCUCCAGCAUCACAUGAGGGGACUGUGAGGAGAGCUGUGUCUCAGCUGGAGGAGACGCUCAGUGACAUGAGGAAGACGCUGGUUAAACUUCCGAUGAAGAUGCUGGUUGAAGUUGAGAUGAAGAGGUUCCAGAAGUUUGCAGUGGAUGUGACUCUUGAUCCUGAAACGGCUCAUCCUCGCCUCUUCCUCUCUGAUGACGGGAAACAAGUGAAACGUGGUGAUGUGAGGAAGAAUCUCCCCGACAACCCACAGAGAUUUACUUCGUGUUUUUAUGUUUUAGGAAAGCAAAGUUUCUCUUCUGGCAGAUUUUACUUUGAGGUUCUAGUUAAAGAAAACACUGUCUGUACUUUAGGAGUGACCAGAGAGUCGGUCAACAGGAAGGGAAACAUCACACUGAGCCCUCAGAAUGGUGUCUGGACUAUACAGUUGAUGUAUGGAAAUGUUUGCUACGCUCGUGAUGACCCUUCAGUUCAUCUCCCCCUGAAGUCUGUCCCUCAGAAGGUGGGGGUGUUGGUGGACUAUGAGGAGGGUCUGGUCUCCUUCUAUGACGUAGAAGCUGCAGCUCUCAUCUACUCCUUCACUGGCUGCUCCUUCAAGGAGAAGCUCCUCCCACUCUUCUGUCCUGAUUUUUAUGGUAUGAACUCCUCUACUCUGAUCAUCUCUCCGUGAAUCAAACUGCCUGAUUAUUUUAUUCAUGAUCAAAAGGUCCCUGAACAAUAAUGCAUCACCAUGAAUACAUAAACACAUGAAAGUAUUCUUCAUACGUCCGGUGUAUUUAUACACCAGACAGAAGUUUAAGUACUACAAUACUGAAUUAGAGACACAUUUUGAAAUAAAAAGACUUGGUGUCAUCUGUGGUAAUAAAUGUACAUAUUUAGUGAUCUCUGAUGUGAACUUGUUUUCCUCUGAAUGUGUCGGUCGUCACUACAGGAGCCCAGAAGGGACACCAGCUCUGGAGAGAGCCAUUCGCCUUUUACAUGGUCUGAAGCUACGGGUGCGUUCAGGAACUACUGAUAAGCCCCGACAUUAGAACUCUGUAGAAAUCCACAACAGACCAUGUGGCUUUAAGAGAGAUUGCAUAACAUGUAUUCUACCUUUACUUUGAAACCUUUUAUUUCAUUGACUUUCUAUAUUGUCUGUAUUAGAUUUUGUUUUCAUGUUUUAAAUAAACAUCUUUCAAUGGCA